AUGACUUCCCCUGCCAGAGCCUCCUCCAGCUCAAGCCCGAACAAGUCUCUUCGUGCCUAUCAACUCGGUGAUUCGCUCGGGAAAGGCGCGUUUGGGCAGGUCUAUCGUGCUCUGAAUUGGGCGACUGGAGAGACGGUCGCCGUAAAGGAGAUUCAGCUGAGCAACAUCCCAAAGAGUGAGAUUGGGCAGAUCAUGUCCGAGAUCGACCUGCUUAAGAAUUUGAAUCAUCCAAACAUCGUGAAAUACAAGGGCUUCGAGAAGACGCCAGAGUAUCUAUACAUUAUCCUAGAGUUUUGCGAGAAUGGCUCCCUGCACAACAUCUGCAAGCGAUUCGGCAAGUUUCCGGAGACCCUGGUCGGCGUGUAUAUCUCGCAGGUCCUCGAGGGACUCAUGUAUCUGCACGACCAAGGCGUGAUCCACCGCGACAUCAAGGGCGCUAAUAUCCUCACUAACAAGGACGGCUGCGUUAAGUUGGCAGACUUUGGCGUCGCAAGUCGGACAGCGGCGAACGCGGUGCGCGAUGACGCAGUCGUAGGCAGUCCAUAUUGGAUGGCACCCGAAGUGAUUGAACAAUCGGGUGCGACAACCGCGUCGGAUAUAUGGAGUGUAGGCUGUACGGUGAUCGAACUCCUCGAGGGGAAACCACCUUACCAUUUCCUGGAUCCCAUGCCGGCAUUGUUCCGUAUUGUGCAGGAUGACUGUCCCCCAAUACCAGAUGGCGCAUCGCCUAUCGUCAAAGACUUCCUAUAUCACUGUUUCCAGAAAGAUUGCAACUUGCGAAUUUCCGCCAAGAAGCUGUUGAAGCAUCCGUGGAUGGUGGCAUCGCGAAAACAGAUCAGCGGGAACCAGACGAGCCAGGACGUUGCUGAGCGCAGACCACAAAGCAAUUACAACUUUGAUGAAGCAGUUCUCAAGGUGCAGGAGUGGAAUGAGGCGUUGAAGUCACCGUCGCGCCCUGCGAGAAACCCUGACAAGCGUCGGACCUCUGUCACAGAUCGUGACGGCAGGCCACAGUCGCCCAUUGCUCCUCCAGCAUAUAUACCGACGUCGAUGCAACCGAGGAUAUCCGUAGUUCCACCGCUCCCGUUGCAGUCAUCUGCUGUACCUACAGCCCGUAAACCCGUGGCGUUGAACACCGGUAAGAUUCCUGCCGGCGCAACGCAGCUCGGUCACGUACGCGAGGCGCUCCCAAUGCCGUUCAUCUUACAGGCUCCGGAGGAACAGACAGACAAUUGGGAUGAUGACUUCGAGGAGGGCAUUUCCUUGACUAAGCUGCAAGCACUGGAGAAGACGUCCGCUGAGGAGGAGAAACUCGAGGUGGACGACAAUGCUCAGACUAUUCGACCAACACGGAGUCCUGCAGGCCUUGCCAUUGUCCCUCUCCCCGCUUUGACGUUGCCCGAGCCUGAUCCGGUAUCACCUGUGGAAGACUACUCCGACAUAGUCUUCGAGGAUGAUGAUGACAAGAUCCAAGCCAAGGUCGCGGACUUCAAGAUGAAGAACUCGCUACGCCGCGGCCUUUUCCAUCCGGACGAUAUCAAAACUGUUGGCCUGCAACCGCCUUCUCCGGGUCCAAUGACGGCACCGCUGCCGACUCUGAGCCAUAGGCGGUCGCGUCCUGCGCUCAGCCCAAUUACGCUAUCUGGUGCGAACCAGCCGACUGGGCCGUCACACGGCCGCUCACACACGCGCUCGUCGUCGUUCGUCGGAAGAGGAGCAGACUCAUUUGGGCGUGCAGAGUCGCGCAGGUUCCCAAGCCAGCCAGAGUUUGGCAAGUAUACGGAAGAUGACGAUGACGACUACGAGGACGUGUUCGGCAAAGUGAACGGCGCGACUUCGCACUCUAUGCAGACUCUGCAGCUGAACACCCGUCUCUCCAACAAGUCAUGGUUGGGAGAUGGAGACGACGACGAGGAUCCGUUUGCUGAGAUCGACGAGGGCUUCGCCGAAGACGAUAUGGAGUCAAAUCUGCAGCGGGACAAGUAUGCUCGAUUGUCUAACACCGUUACUCAGCUCAUCGAUGAGCUUACACCAUCGGCUCCCGACUUCCAGCUCCGUGAAGCGUGUGAUCAGUUGCUCGCGAUCCUGUCAGAUACGCCUGAAAUGCAGUCACAACUUGUGUCUGCGCAUGGCAUGUUGGCAAUUCUGGAAGUCCUAGAAGGGAGAUCUUCCCGCGAUGUCACCAUCAAGCUUCUGCAGAUCGUGUAUGCGCUGGUCAACGCGGAUAUGGGUUUCCUAGAGAGUUUCUGUUUGAUUGGGGGUAUUCCCGUGAUCAUGGGAUUCACCUCCAAGAAGUACCCUCCAGAGUGCAGGACAGAGGCAUCGAACUUUAUUCGUCUCUUAUGUCACUCUUCCGUAUUGACCUUGCAGAUGUUCAUCGCAUGUCGAGGAUUGAAAGUCCUUGUCGAGCUUCUUGAUGAGGAUUUCAAUGAGCAGACCGACCUGGUGAUUCACGCGCUCAACGGCAUUUGUAGUGUGUUCGAUCUCCAGAGUCCAACCACAAAGAACGACUUCUGUCGGAUGUUCAUCCGCGAAGGACUCCUAGACCCUUUGUCAUCGGCAUUGCUCAACGUGAUGUCUACUCCAGGCGAGGUCGCUGCCGAUAUGAACCGCAAAAUCAUCCAGAUCUUGCUCGUAUUCUGCCAGGUGUCGCAAUCAGAUAUCCAUGUCCGAAAUGCACUGGGCACCCGGAAGGUAGUCAGACGACUUUUGAGAGCUUGCGAGCUUCUGCAACCAGAGUAUCUCGUACAAAUGCUUAAAGCCGUCAAGCAUCUGUCCAUGAAUGCCAAUCUUCUUGAAGUCCUGCAGAACGCGAACGCGAUUGAGAUCUUGGUCAAGGUUCUCGAGGAGCAGAGUUCAGGGCCAUAUGGCACGGAAAUGUCCAAUCACAUCUUCCAGACAUGCUACAACCUCUGUCGAUUGAACAAGAACAGGCAAGAGGAGGCAGCGCAAGCGGGGAUCAUCCCAAGCUUGAAACGGGUUAUUGAGUCAAGCUCACCUCUGAAGCAGUUCGCGUUACCCAUCUUGUGCGAUCUCGCCAGUGCUGGGAAGAGUUGCAGAACACUUCUGUGGCAGCAUGAUGGCCUUGCACUGUAUCUCCGAUUGCUCGAUGAUCCGUACUUCCAGGUCAGCGCACUAGAGUCGAUCUUGUCAUGGCUCCAAGAUGAGACAGCCAGAAUAGAAGAUCAGCUGAUGCAACCACCGGCCCUAGAGGCGCUCCUGAAGUGCUUCGUAUCUGCCAAAUCAAAUUCGUUUGAGAACCUACUCGAUCCCUUCCUUAAGAUAUUCCGCAUCUCUAAUGGCAUCACCAUCGGCAUUGCGAAAUCACAGUUCUUCAAACGCAUUAUUGACAAGUUGAGCCACAACAAAGCGGUUGUCCGUCUUAACCUUCUGCGUAUCCUGCGGACUGUAUGUGAGGCUCAUCCGAAUCGCGCCCUUCUGGUGGAACGCUUCGGCAUCUAUGAUAUCGUCAUGAGGCUGAGCGAGGACGGUGCUGUCCUCGUUCGCGAGCUUGCGCGGGAGAUCGUGCCCUCUCUGGCGCCUGCGCUGAAGCCCGUCUCGACUAGAUUCGGACGUAACCCAGAAACACCCAAGAGCGGCAAGAGUGCUCUUGCACCGAAGAAGAUGACGAGGCGGACGGCGUCGGAGUCUCUUGCAGGCAGUCCGGCUGCCGUGUCUGGCAAUCUGCGUACCGCAUCUCGCAAGUCCACAGCCGGAGGCGUCGCACGCUUACCACCGAGACAGAAGUUGAAUGACAUUUCAUGGCAAGCAGGGGAGGAGCGUCAUGUCUAG